UGCUCCCCGGGUCAGCUGACUAAGUGUCAGUCAGACGGUGCAGGAAGUGUAUGAGUGGAGAGCGGAGUGCAGGCAGGAGCCGCCCGACAACCAUGGCGACCAGUGUCAGCACCCAGCGGGGACCGGUGUUUAUUGGUGAACUUCCACAGGACUUCCUGCGCAUCGCACCCACCCAACAGCAACAGCAGAUCCAGCUGGAUGCCCAGGCUGCACAGCAGCUACAGUACUCAGGAGCAAUGGGGACUAUGGGCCGUGUCAGCAUCACUGUGGUUCAGGCCAAGCUUGCAAAGAACUAUGGUAUGACACGAAUGGAUCCCUACUGCAGGAUACGUUUGGGGUAUGCGGUGUAUGAGACUCCGACAGCACAUAAUGGCGCUAAAAAUCCCAGAUGGAACAAGGUGAUCCAGUGUACUGUUCCACCCGGAGUGGAUUCCUUCUACCUGGAAAUCUUCGAUGAGAGAGCAUUCUCCAUGGAUGAUCGCAUUGCAUGGACGCACAUCACUAUUCCAGAAUCGCUCAAGGAUGGGAAGGUGGUGGAUGAAUGGUUCAGCUUGAGUGGCAGGCAAGGAGAUGACAAGGAAGGCAUGAUCAACCUGGUUAUGUCUUACACGUCUGUGCCGGCAGCAGUGAUGAUGCAGUCUCAACCUGUGGUGUUAAUGCCUACGGUCUACCAGCAAGGUGUCGGCUAUGUGCCCAUAGCAGGUAUGCCAGGCAUGUACAAUCCUGGAGUACAAAUGACUCUACCACAGUCAGCAGUGAAUCCCCAGCAUCAAAAUUGGGAAGAGGACAUUAAAGCCCUCAAAGAUAUGUUCCCAACAACAGACCCUGAGGUCAUUAAAUCAGUCCUGGAGGAACACAGAGGGAACAGGGAAGCUGCAGUCAACUCCCUUCUACAAAUUGUGGAAGACUCUUAGUGGCAUCACCAUCUUUUUGCCUUGUAGAUUUCCUUUUCCUUGCCAGUGUCCUUUUUUGACUUGCCAAGAUGGAAUUUUCUUUGACUUCUUUCCAGCCCUCGAAAUAUUCAGUUGUGACUGAUCAUUUGUGUUUGUGUAUUUGGCUUCUGCACAGUUAAUGGUGUUGGAACUUUCCAAACAUACUCCUGACCCUGCAGUGCUCUACUAAUGG